CAUGAAACAUGGGACCAACACUUUACAUGUUGCAUUUAUAUUUUUGUACAGUGUCGUUUGAACACAAGAGGGCAGCCCGCCGUACAUAGCACGCUAACAUACAGUCUGCCAAGAACAAGGGAUGACUCACUGCUGAAAACGAAAGUAAAUUCAGAAUCUGUAAAACUCUUCUUUCAUAUUUUCCUGUGCUGCUGGCACUUUUUGUGUUUAAAAUGGAUCCAUCCAUGCAGUUACCGGGCUGCUGCUUCUGGGAGCCAGGCAGAGGCAGAGAUUGAAGAGCCACCCGAUAAACUCUCCCGUGACUCCGCUAGAAUGUCGACAAUAGCUUAUAAGCAGUCUGUGUUGAGGGCUGAGGAGCUGAAAGAGAGAAGCUAUUUGGGUCUUCCAAAUCAGCUGCUGCCCACUCUGGAGGAGCUAAGCACAGAGGAGUUGAAGAGAUUUCAGUUGUACCUGACUGGUGGCCAGCUGCCUGUUUUGCCUCCUGUCCCAGAGAGCCAACUGAAGAGGGCUGACAGGCGGAAGACAGUGAUAACCCCCCAUAAAUACAGCCCUGAGAAUGCUGUGAAGAUCACAGUGGGCAUCCUGAGAAGGAUGAACCGGAAAGAUCUCAUUGAAAAGUUAGAGAGAGAUCACAGAGGGAGCACCCAUGCUUCUGCCUCUACACUGCCUCACUCUGCUUCCUCUGUUGGGCAGUCCAGCAUCUUGACAAGUCCCAGUCAGGGAGCAGAAGGGACUUUGCAGCGUGGAACCUGUCUGGUGAGAGGCUUGGAUCUCUUAAAGGGGGGGUCAGCGAGGAAGAGGAGGAGAAGGUACAGACCGAAGAUUCUGACUGGCAGUCUGAAGAAGAGAAAGCAAGAGGGACCCACAAUGCUGUCUGUCCCAAAUCUUCUACUGGAAACUCUAGAGAAGCUGAGCAGAGUCAAGCUGAAGAGAUUUCAGUGGCAUCUGACUGAGGAUGUUUUGGACAAACUUCCUCCCAUUCCAGAGAGCCAGCUGAAGAACUCUGACUGGCAGGACACAGUGGAUCAGAUCAUGCAGACCUAUGGCCCUGAGAAAGCUGUGGAGAUCACAGUGGUGGUCCUGAGGUUGCUGUACCGGAAGGAUCUUGCUAAAGUCUUAGAGCGAUCUCAUAGAGGAGGGAGCACCCAUGCUUCUGCCUCUACACUGCCUCACUCUGCUUCCUCUGUUGGGCAGUCCAGCAUCUUGACAAGUCCCAGUCAGGGAGCAGAAGGGACUUUGCAGCGUGGAACCUGUCUGGUGAGAGGCUUGGAUCUCUUAAAGGGAGGGUCAGCGAGGAAGAGGAGGAGAAGGGACAGACCGAAGAUUCUGACUGGCAGUCUGAAGAAGAGAAAGCAAGAGGGACCUACAAUGCUCUCUGUCCCAAAUCUUCUACUGGAAACUCUAGAGAAGCUGAGCAGAGUCAAGCUGAAGAGAUUUCAGUGGCAUCUGACUGAGGAUGUUUUGGACAAACUUCCUCCCAUUCCAGAGAGCCAGCUGAAGAACUCUGACCCCCAGGACACAGUGGAUCAGAUCAUGCAGACCUAUGGCCCUGAGAAAGCUGUAGAGAUCACAGUGGUGGUCCUGAGGUUGCUGUACCUGAAGGAUCUUGCUGAAGUCUUAGAGAGAUCUCAUAGAGGAGGGAGCACCCAUGCUUCUGCCUCUACACUGCCUCACUCUGCUUCCUCUGUUGGGCAGUCCAGCAUCUUGACAAGUCCCAGUCAGGGAGCAGAAGGGACUUUGCAGCGUGGAACCUGUCUGGUGAGAGGCUUGGAUCUCUUAAAGGGGGGGUCAGCGAGGAAGAGGAGGAGAAGGGACAGACCGAAGAUUCUGACUGGCAGUCUGAAGAAGAGAAAGCAAGAGGGACCUACAAUGCUCUCUGUCCCAAAUCUUCUACUGGAAACUCUAGAGAAGCUGAGCAGAGUCAAGCUGAAGAGAUUUCAGUGGCAUCUGACUGAGGAUGUUUUGGACAAACUUCCUCCCAUUCCAGAGAGCCAGCUGAAGAACUCUGACCCCCAGGACACAGUGGAUCAGAUCAUGCAGACCUAUGGCCCUGAGAAAGCUGUGGAGAUCACAGUGGUGGUCCUGAGGUUGCUGUACCGGAAGGAUCUUGCUGAAGUCUUAGAGAGAUCUCAUAGAGGAGCCCAGGGUGCAUUGCAUGGGAAAGUUGCGAAUGACAGACUCAACUCUUUGAGCCACACCGAUCUGCAGGAUGAACAUGUGCCUGUCUGCUCAUACCGGGGCUCCAGAGAAAAAUCCCCAUCUUUAAAAAAAAGUGAGACGACAUGGAAUGUCUCACUGGGCAUUCUUACACCUGCCAGUUCUACCAUAUCUUGCUCUUGCUCUGAGAGUGACCUUGAGGAGGAACACGUCCAAUUUGUUGGCAGUCCUUCUAGUGCCUUGGAUAGAGAAGCAUCGGAUAGCAAAGCUGUUGACUCUCUCUCUAAGCCUGCGACUCCUUAUCAAUUUGAACCUAAAACCUGUGAGAACAAGGGAACAUACUGGUUCCAGUGCCCCCAUGCAGGUCUGUUCCAGUGCAGUAUAACAGGACUAAUAUUUGAGAUGGAGGGGGAGGGAGAGGUGCUCUAUUGGACAGUCCCUUGGAACAGGAAGCUUCUAGCCCAGAGAGGCAAGAGGCCUGCAGGGCCCCUGUUUAAGUUUACAUGUCCCCAAGGUUCUGUCGGUCAACUACACCUCCCACACUGUGAGCUCUAUGAUCAGGGCGGAUGUGAGUUCCUGUCUGUAGCCCAUGUGACUGAUGACAAAAAAAUGGAAUUUAUCGAUGACCUUGAUCUAACAAACACACAUGUCAUAAUAAAUGUCACUGGAUUCUCUAAGUAUGGCAUCGUCAGUGAAGAAGGCAGGCCCAUCUCCCCUAUCGAUACCCUUGUCCUGUUAUUCUACCAACUCCCAGAUGUUGACAAGAGGUCCAUCCUGAAGGUUUUGUUGCUUCCCAGUAAUGUUGUACUCAAGGAGGUACUGGAGGAAAGGAGAAGCAGCAAUGGGGACAGUGAAAUCUACCUUGAAACAACAUCUCACUGCCAACUCACCCCGAAGCAAGAAUACACCCUCUCCUCCGAUCUUACAGAUAACCAUCAAAUAAAACCAACGAAAGCAUCAUUUGUUGAUUUCCAGUCCUAUGAAAACUACAUUCCAACAUUUCAGCUGUUCAUGCAAUCGAUUGUUAAGGAAGCAAAUAUUUUUCUGAAUGAAUAUGGCAGUGAUGAAUUUGUAUGGGAUGGACUUGUCUGGCUUCCAGCUUCACCAACAGCAUUCACCUCUACAGUUUUGGCCCCUCCACCUGCAACUCCUUCUAUCCCCCCUGGUCGAGCCUUCAUUACAAAACACAGAAUGGCGCUAGAGAUUCGUCUGGGAGUUUUGCGACCCAUACUCCUGCGACUCCAGCAACCGGACCAGGGGGUUCUGAUUGACGAGGAGAGGGAGGAGGUGCUCAGCUUAACCACCAAGACCCUGCAGAACCAAGCUCUGCUGGACAUGGUGAUCAGAAAGGGGGCCCGCGCCCAGGAAUACUUCUACCAAGCCCUGAGAGAAGCAGACCACUGCCUGGUUGAAGACCUGGAAGAGCAGACAUCCUGAGAGGUGGUUGGUGUGUAAAGUGUUAAGCCCACCCAGGAUAUGACAGCACUUUCAUCAGGUUGAAUUCACUAGACACCAAGUGGACUGAAAUAGGGAGGUGAUAUAGAAUUUUGUUAUGAAUUUACAUAAAUGUCAAUUAUCCUACUCAGUAUGCAACCCAGAGUGUGUACAGUUCUGGUUUAAACGAAACAGACAGAAUUCCCAGCUCACAAUUAGUCAAAUCCAAGUUUAUUCACAAGACCUCUACCAUGCAUAUACAAAGAUGUUAUAACAUUUUUCUUUAGCUACGCACACACAUGCACACUAACAUUAGGAUACUAUCUUCUUCUCCUUAAUUCUCACCACAGUUUAUCAGUUCCAGUCCCCCCCAGAUAAGAGAAACCUGGAGUGGUGCUCCCUGUCCUAUCUUAUCUCCCCAGUUCUAGCCGGGUCGGUUCAUACAUAGGUUAAGGAAUCCCUUUGUUUUCUUUCGGCACAUACAUACAUUCCUCUAUUCCCCAGUCCAACCUAGUUGGACAUAUGUUUAUUAUUUUUAAUUACUCCUUGUCCCUGCAACAUAACCUCUAAACACUAAUGGUUAAGUUUCUGGUAGAAUAAUUUAAUAAUUUAUCUUAAACCUUAUAAAUGAUUUUAUCAAUCCACCCUUAAUGACUAAAUAAUUCACACAUAUAUAUCAAACACUAUAUGGAAACAAAUGUUAUACAAGAAUAAACCAAACCAAUACAUGUAUUUACAUUCGAUUCCUCAUCAGUGACUGUUCUACGCCUAUAUCCAAUUAUAACUCUUCCGGGUUACGAUUUUCAUCAUCAUUUUCAUGAAAGGAACAGCCUCUAACUAAACAUUGAAAGCAGUCUCAUCCAACAUUGGCUCCUCGUAAUUAAAAGAAACAGAGCAAUCUCCUAGGCCUGGAAGUCUGUAUUCGUCAUCCCACUGGUCGGAGCUUGGAAUCGUUCCGUACCUCACCAUCUGUUGCAUCAUUGACCUCUCCAGAGACCUAGUGAUCAAACCUCAUACACAGAAUCAAACAACACCCACACAGAACCAAAACACUCAUACAGGUGAAAGUUGCCCACAGCACAGUGAUUAUAACAUCUUUCCAUUUUCCAAACAUACUGAGUUUGGAAACUGAGUUCUCUGCUAAUUCCCUGAGUUCUCUGCUAAUUUGUGAACUAAUGUGGUUAAACCAGCCAGGGCCUUGGUCACUGAUCCGUCUAGAGCUGUGUUAUUUAAAAAAUAAAUGUACAGCAAUGAACCCCAAUCAUUCUACAUACCCUGCCCUUUUCUGACAAUUAACAUAUCGAGAGUCAGUCUAUUUUACCAGGUCAUGAGGGAGGUGACAGAUAAUUGGUCAGAGAACCGCUUUACUGCAUCCCCAGUGUCAUUCACGUAUCUCUGUUGAAUAUAAUAGAUGUCAUUCAUCCAAUCCACAUUUUGAUGUAUUGUCAACCACCAAAAUAAUGUAGUUGUUAAGCCUUCACCUAUUUGCUUCAUCUGGAACUUCCCUGAGGAUGUCAGUAGCAUGCAUCUAGACUCCCAUCCUAGUCAAAACUCUUACUGUGCCUACUUUAGCCUCCAAUAACAGGCCUCUGAUGACUAACUCCAACUGGUUGGACCAAUAAUCCCAGGAUGCAAGUUCCUAACCACCCUCUUUGGUAGUUUCUGUCGUAUGCGUCCUCUGCUGGUACAAGCCCACCCUACAUCAGUUAUAGGUGCUGUGAGGUUAAGAAUUUUCUCCUGUACUUCCAAACCUAAGUCAGUCACAUUAACGAUUACCUUUCAGCCAUUAAAAUCAUCUAAGUUCUCUGUGCCUUUCUUGUAGCCAUAACACUGGUACUCAUCAGGAGUUAAAGUGAACCGAGGUGGGUUGGUCGAGUAUUUCAAUCUGGCCAACCCAAUCCCUGUAAAGUUAUUUGCUUUCCUAGGGAAUUGUUUAAUGUUUACCUCAAAUCCUGCAUCGUGAUCUUCUUUGACUCCUUAUUCUGUAAGGCACUCAUCAGUGUAUUAUAUAGUUUAUCUUUUACUUCUUAUCAAUGACAAUGGCAUCCUAUAAUUAGGAUUUGGAUGUAUCAGAAAGGUUACCGAGACUAUGAUGCAUCUAAGAGCCCCUACUCUUCCCAAUAACCGGCAACCCUCUCCUGCCCUUAGUCGGUCUGCUAGGUACCACCCCAUAUUCACACUUCUAGGAUCACCCACAGUGAUGAACGGUCGGGAUAGGAAAUCUUUGUUAAGGAGGUAACCCCCAGACCCUGUUGGUACUCAAUUUGUAAGUCGCUCUGGAUAAGAGCGUCUGCUAAAUGACUUAAAUGUAAAUGUAUGUAAAUGUACUCGGUUCUUCUCCUAACUCUGUGUGUGAUCAGCCAUGCUCAUAUGUGUACAUACCUUCUUGCAGUGGGUAACGUAGACCCAAGUGACUAUCAGCUAUUCUAAUGGCAAAGCCGGUGGCAGAAGGCAGAACCUUGUAUGGGCCUUCCCAAUGGGGCUGCUUCCAGUCUAUUCUCCUCAGGGACUGGAUCCACACUUUAGUCUCCUUGUUGGAUUGAGUGAAUCCCCUUCUCCUGUAAUUCACCUGUUGAACACAAAAUCUUGGACAUACGGGUUUGGUUACCAAACAGUCUUCUCAUGUGUUCUGCUAGUAUAUCUUCAACUUCUAUGUCUACCUGUUCUGGUCCCUAACUCUGGCAUUCUAUUUGUUCUACCUGACUAGCUAAAAUGUCAUACAUUAUUUAAAGACAGAGAUCCUAGUAAACCAACUCUAGGGAUAAUAUCUCUACCUAAUAUUUUUACUACCAUAAUCGUGUCCGCCAAGUAAGUUGGGAACGCUUCUACCCAUUUGCUAUAUUUAUCUAUUAUAAUAAAAAUGUAUCACCUAGGCCACAACGUCUUUCCUAACCUGCUCUACCAUCCUUCCUCUAACCUGCUUGUGAUUGUUCUGUGCACAUAUAACACAACGUGAACAAUAAAAAUAUAUUUUUUAGUUA